CUGUGGCCAGAGCAAGGCUGAGGUCAGUGCCCUCCGCCUAGUCAUAAAGGCAGUCUCUACCUCAGCUUCUCAUUCCCCUGAGACUCAGCUCCAGCCUCCUGUGCCUGCCUCUCCCACAGUCAUGGUGCUCAACAGGGCUUUCUUCAUCCUGAGCUUUGUACCUCUGCUUAUGGCUCAGCAGCCAGACUGUGCCAGCCUCAUUCCAACUUUCAAUGAUACUAUCAUAGACCAGUUGUCUGGCAAGUGGUACUAUAUUGCCUCAGCGUUUGGCUUCCGUCCAUACCAAGAAGAGGCCCAGAGGAUCCAGUCAUCUUUCUACUACUUUAUCCCCAAUAAGACAGAGGACGUAUUCCAAGGAAAAGAGUACAAUACCAUUGGAGACAAAUGUGUGUAUGAAGAAAGUGAGAUCCUCUUCAACAGAACCAAUGGAAUCCUUUCAAAGAUCGUAGAUCCGAAUCAGCGUCAUGACGUCCAGGUUAUGCUGACCCAGGACCAGAAUGGCUUUUUCAUGUUCGUCUUUCUAAAUGACACAGUUCUUCGAGGAGUGUCUCUUUCUGUUUCAACCCAGAAGGCCUCUGAGGAGCAUCUGAAAGAGUUCCAGGAGAUUGUCAAGUGCCUGGGCUUCCGAGAGGAGGAGUUGAACUACACCGAUUGGAGCAAGGAUAAGUGUGAGCCACUGGAGAAGGAGCACAUUGAAAAGCAGAGCAAGGAAGCCAAGGAUGCAUCCAGAACAGAAGAGCCCUCCUAGACCCGAAUGGCCUAACUCACCUGUGGCUCCCUGGUCAGGCCAUCUGGAGGCCAUUUGUGAAAUAAACAAACAUGGUCACUGUACUCCAA